AUGCAGAUUUUAAUGAAGACCCUGACUUAAGGCAAGACCAUCACUCUCGAGAUGGAGCCCAGUGACACCAUCAAGAAUGUCAAGGCCAAGAUCCCAGACAAGGAAGAGUCCACCAUGCACCUGGUGCUGCGCCUGCACGGUGGCAUUAUUGAGCCAUCUCUUUGCCAGCUCGCCCAGAAGCACAACUGUGACAAGAUGAUCUUCUACAAGUCCUAUGCUCUCCUGCCCCCUUGUGCGGUCAACUGCUGCAAGAAGUGCAGCCAUACCAACAACCUGCUCCCCAAGAAGGUCAAUUAG